UUACUGCGCCGCCAGUGGGAACGCACUGAAAAAAAUUUCGAUAGGCAACCGUCGUACGUGUCACAAUUAGAACGCAAAAGCAAAACACAGCGGUGCCGCACAUUUAUUAACAACAAGAGAAGCGCUCAAAAAACCAAGAGAAAAUGGCAGAUGAACAACCCAAUCUCGUGGCUGGACACCCACCUGCAUUGAAGGCAGGAGGUAUGCGAAUUGUGCAGCACAAGGCGCCCACGGCAGAGCGUGCGCCCAAGGAUGCCGAGGAUUGCACUGGAUUGACACAACCCAUUGCCGUGAACUCGGGAUCUGUGAGCGGUGCCCCCGUCAAGGGCAACACUGACUUUACUCCAGCCUCUGCCCAGGUGGCCCACUCUCCCAAGCCACCGGCUGCAGUGCAGCAGAAGCCCCUGAACCACAUCCAGCAGCCACGCAAGUGAUGCGGACUCCAGACGGCAAACUUUUAUCAUUAUCCUAACUCCUUGAUCUUUUGUUGAAAUUCCAUAAGUCCCUCAAUGGUAUUGAAAUCGCCUGUGAGAGCGAUAUUAUCUUUAUAUGCAUUUGCUACUGCAUUCCAUUAAUGAAUAAUGGUGAUUCUCUGAGUUAAUAUUUUGUAAUAAACUGUAUCCUUUUUUUAUAGAAGUGAA